AUGACCGACAUCAAGGCCGCGCCGAAGUUCUCGCUCGCCCUCGGCGCGAAGAGAGCGCCUCCGUCACAGGUCAGCAAGGCGAAGCGGCCUCACUCAUCGCUCCAAGACUCCGACGACGAAGAUGCCGGACAUGUGCAGCCGCAGGAGGUCUCGCAUUUCGAUCAGUUGGCGGGAGGCGCCAUAGGAGCCAACGACAACAGGCAAGCAAAGGGGCCACUGGUUAUACAAAGUCAGAAGAACCGUGACUUUCGGGACGAAGGCCGGCGCAAGAGGCAGAAGAACGGGCUCCCGGCCGAGGCGCAGGCAGCGCGGGCAAACGGCGUGGUCACGAAAGAACCGAAUGGCGCCGGUAGUCUCCAGCCAUUCGGUCUCACAGUGGUAGAGAAAGUUACCGUGGAGGAUCCACAGACAGCAAACAGCGAGGGAGCAAACGGUGCAUCACCAACUACCACCGCGCCGAUCAAGCAAAAGACAGACGAUGAGCUGGCUCUCGAAGCCCUAACAGGCAACAAACUGCAAUCCAACCUCGUCCUCCCCGCCAUAAGCGAAGAAGAGGCUUUCCAGCGAGACUACAAAAACGCGCCCGACAUGGCGACACUAGAGCAGUACGCCGCCGUGCCAGUCGAAGAGUUUGGAGCGGCGCUGCUGCGCGGUAUGGGCUGGAAAGACGGCGAGGCGAUUGGCAAGCGGCGCGGACAGCAGGCCGUGCAGGCGCGCGUUCCAGAGAGGCGGCCUGCGCUCUUGGGUAUUGGGGCGAAGUCGGAAGCGGCGGUGGGGAUAGAGUUGGGAGCUUGGGGGAAGGCUGACAAGGGACCGAGGAGGAAGAAGGAUCAGACAUACACACCGGUGGUCUUGCGGAAUAAGAAGACGGGCGAGCAGCUUACCGAGGAGGAGCUAAAGGCGAAGCUGGAGGAGCAGAAAUUGGUGGUUGCGGAGAACGAGCGGGAGAAAAAGGCGAGGUCACGAAGUCGCGAGCCGGACCAUCGCGAUUCUGAUAGGUCGUCACGAAGAAACAGGUACGACGACAAGGAGGAAAACUACCGCAGAGGGAAGGAGCGCCGAAGGAAGGACCGAGAUCGCAGUCGGGACCGGGACCACGAUCGAGGCCGAGAUUACGAUGACCGCCGCCAUAAACCAUCAGGACGAGACAGAAGCUCGUCAGUAGAGAGCAAACACAGAAGCCGUAAACAAGACGACCGUCACGAUCGGAAGGACAAGGAACGGCGGCGAUACGACAAGCAGGACCGCAACGAGGGAGGCUCUUCACGGCGACAUCAUUAUGAGCGUGACUACAAUCAAGACCGCAGGCGGUGA